AUGGAUUACGAAGCGUUGAAGGACCAAUGGAGUGAGAUUGAGGAUAGAGAUGGGAUCCGGCUGAGCUGGAAUACUUUUCCAAGCACACGCAUGGAAGCAUCCCGACUCGUCGUACCAAUCGGAGCCAUCUACACGCCCUUGAAAGAGAGAACGGAUUCUCCAUUGCUACAAUAUGAGCCGGUGACUUGCAAGCAACCCUGUAGGGCGGUCCUCAAUCCAUAUGCUAAUGUCGAUAUCCGUGCGCGCAUUUGGAUAUGUCCGUUCUGUCUCCAGCGCAACCCUCUUCCUCCACACUAUAAGGAUAUUACGGAAAAUGCGAUCCCGCCAGAGCUGCAUCCCCAGAGCACAACCAUCGAAUAUCAGCUAGCACGUCCCGCGCCCGCUCCCCCCAUUUUCCUAUUCGUCGUGGAUACCUGCCAAGAAGAUGAUGCUUUGAAGGCUGUCAAAGACUCUCUUGUCAUGAGCUUGUCAUUGCUGCCGCCGAACGCGCUUGUUGGCCUUAUCACUUUCGGAACUAUGGCACAAGUUCAUGAGCUCGGCUACACGGAAUGCGCAAAGUCCUAUGUAUUUAGAGGCAGCAAGGACUACACCGCGAAGCAAAUUCAAGAGAUGCUUGGCCUUCUCGCACCUGGCCUUCGCGGACCAGUACCACCACAGCAGCCUGGCAAAAUCGCCCCACCAGUUUCGCCAGCAGCACGUUUCUUACUUCCCGUACAACAAGCCGAUUUCCAGAUUACCAAUGUGCUCGAACAGCUUCAACAGGACCCAUGGCCUGUUGCGAAUGAUAGGCGUCCCCUGCGUUGUACCGGUGUGGCUCUUAGUGUCGCAAUUGGUCUGAUGGAAACCUCAUUCCAAAAUGCAGGCGGCCGCAUUAUGCUCUUCACCAGUGGUCCCGCCACCGAAGGCCCAGGCUUGGUAGUAGGACCGCAAUUGAGGGAGCCUAUGCGUUCUCAUCAUGAUAUCGAUCGUGACAAUGUCAAGUACUACAAGAAAGCAGUCAAGUUCUACGAUUCCCUAGCUAAACGUGUCUCUCACAACGGUCACGUUGUUGACAUUUUCAUUGGGUCCCUUGAUCAAGUCGGCCUCCUUGAAAUGAAGGGCCUGGUAAAUUCGACCGGUGGCCACAUGGUUUUAACAGAUGCCUUCACUUCGUCACAAUUCAAGCAAUCAUUUGUACGUGUCUUUGAUAGAGACCAAAACGAUAACCUCGUGAUGGGUUUCAAUGCGGCAUUGGAGGUUCUUACGACAAAGGAGCUUAAGAUUACAGGCUUGAUUGGACACGCCGUCUCAUUGAACAAGAAAUCAAGCUCUGUUGGCGAGACGGAAUGUGGAAUCGGUAAUACUUGCUCCUGGAAGAUGUGUGGAAUUGACCCAGCCGCAAGUUACGGUAUCUACUUUGAGAUUGCGAAUCAGGGAGGUCCUGCGCCCAUGCAACAAGCGCCACACAAGGCGAUGAUGCAAUUCUUGACAUAUUACCAACAUUCUUCUGGGCAAUACCACCUCCGAGUCACCACUGUUGCUAGGCCAUUGAGUAGCCCCGCAGGGGACUCCGCCCUUGCCCAAUCGUUCGAUCAAGAGGCUGCCGCUGUUUUGAUGGCUCGUAUCGCUGUGUUCAAGGCUGAUGUUGACGAUGGACCGGAUGUUCUUAGAUGGGUUGACCGGAUGCUGAUAAGACUCUGCUCUCGCUUCGCAGAUUACAGAAAAGAUGAUCCAACCUCAUUCCGAUUGGAGAAGAAUUUCACCCUCUAUCCACAGUUUAUGUUCCAUCUUCGAAGGACUGCACUCGUGAUCGCUCUAUCAGCAGCUCAUAUGCUUCUUCUCGACACAUUUUUCCACAAUUUUAUCUUCCACGACGAAACAAUGGCGGCAUGGAGAAAAGCAGGGUACCAAGACCAAGAGGGUUACGAGAAUUUCAGAAGUGUCCUAGAACAACCGAAAGAAGAUGCCAGGGAACUCAUUCAAGACCGUUUUCCGCUCCCGCGAUUCAUUAUCUGUGAUGCCGGAGGCUCCCAAGCUCGGUUCCUUCUGUCGAAACUUAACCCGUCUACAACUCACUCCAGUGGCGGUUAUGGUGGUACCCAAUCUGGUCAAACCAUCUUUACUGACGACGUUUCCCUCCAAACCUUUAUGGAACACUUAAUGAACUUAUUGCAAGUUCGCUUACGAAGUAGUUUUAACGAGGAUCGUCGUCGGCGGCUUUUCUCCUUUCCUCAACCAACUUCAACAAACCUCAAGCACCAAGGAAGAUUGACCACCUUUCGCACUCGCCAUGCCCACCUGCGAACCACAGGUGGUGAGGUUGGAGCGCAAUCCGCUCUUGCUCCCAAGAUUGGUCCUCUUGGUCUCUCUCCCAAGAAGAUUGGUGAAGAUAUCGCCAAGGCCACUGGCGACUGGAACCGUCAAGCUGCGAUCUCUGUCGUCCCCUCAGCUUCGUCCCUUGUCAUCAAGGCCCUCAAGGAACCUCCUCGGGACCGCAAGAAGGAGAAGAACAUCAAACACUCCAAGUCUAUCCCUCUCGAUGAGAUCAUUGAGAUUGCUCGUAUCAUGAAGUCUCGCAGCUUCGCCAAGGAGCUCAGGGGUACCGUCCUUGAGAUCUUGGGCACUGCUUUCUCUGUUGGCUGCCAGGUCGAUGGACGAAGCCCCAAGGAAGUUAGUGACGAAGUCAAGGCUGGUGAAAUUGAUAUCCCUUCGGAGUAA